AUGGCUGAGGGCAGGGCGAGCGGCGCCGCCGGCCUCUUCGCCAAGCAGGUGCAGAAGAAGUUCAGCAGGGCCCAGGAGAAGGUGCUGCAGAAGUUGGGGAAAACUGUGGGAACCAAAGAUGAACGGUUUGAACAAAAUGCCAAUAACUUCUACCAACAACAGGCAGAAGGCCACAAGCUACACAAGGACCUGAAGAACUUCCUCAGUGCAGUCAAAGUGAUGCAUGAAAGUUCAAAGAGAGUGUCAGAAACCCUACAGGAGAUCUACAGCAGCAAAUGGGAUGGUCAUGAGGAGCUGAAGGCCAUCGUAGCGAAUAAUGAUCUCCUUUGGGAAGACUAUGAAGAGAAACCAGCUGCCCAGGCUUUGAGGAUCAUGGAAAACUAUGUAGCCCAAUUCAGCGAGAUUAAGGAAAGAAUUGCCAAACGGGGCCAGAAACUCGUAGACUAUGACAGUGCCUGACACCACCUGGAGGCGGUACAAAAUGCCAAGUAGAAAGAUGAGGCCAAGACUGCCAAGGCAGAGGAAGAGUUCAACAAAGCCCAGGUUGUAUUUGAAGAUCUGAACCAGGAACUACUAGAGGAGCUGCCUGUUCUUUAUAAUAGUCGUAUUGGCUGUUAUGUGACCAUCUUCCAAAACAUUUCCAACUUGAGAGACGUCUUCUACAGGGAAAUGAGCAAGCUGAACCACGAUCUGUAUGAGGUGAUGAGCAAACUGGAGAAGCGACAUUCCGACCAAGUCUUUGUGGUGAAGGGACUCUCAAGCAGCAACAGACGCUCUCUAGUCAUCUCUCCCCCAGUUCGAACAUCUACAGUCUCCAGCCCUCUUACCUCACCCACCAGUCCCUCUGGUGGAGGUGGUCCCUCCACCUCAGCAAGGGAGGAAGAGCUGGCAUCUGAUCCAGCCCAGGGAGAAGACAACUCCGAGAUUAAAAAAGCCCUUAAAAACAAGGAAAUAGAGGAGGAGGCUGAAGCAAGCUUCUCUGAGGGGGAAGAGCCUCUGCUAGCCUUCAGCGGCCCCUCCCAGGCCCAGCCCUCACCCACUGUUGAGGAUGGAGAGUCCCAGGAGGAAGUUCUCCCUUGCUCCCCAGCUCCAUCACCGGGCAGAGCUCUGAUCCCUUCAGAGCAGGCUUCAUCUUUCCCAGAAGUAGUCCUCCGAACCUGCACCUCAAGUGAAGGAGCUGAACAGCCAAAGAGAGCCUCUAUGCAGAGGGCCUCGGCACCGCCUGAUAGGCCUCCUCCACCCAGAGCCACUUCCAGCCCCAGGUCCUCCUUAGGGAACAUGCCCUCCAGCCCUCCAGCCUCUGAACGAAGUUCACCCACCAGCCCUAGGGCCUCCUUGGGGGCUGAGACUCCAAGUCCUAGGGCCUCCUUAGAGGCCUCUCCUGAUCCACAGCCACCAGAGAAGCCAGCAAGAACUCCUGAGGUCAGAGAAAAGGAAAACACCAAUAAUCUGAACCCAGAAGAACUUUGUACUGCCCCAACCUUGAUGAUCUGUCAGAAUCAAGGUCUUCAGCUUCAUGUCUCUGCGGUUCCAGAAGAGAGCAGCAUCAUAGCACCGGGGCCUCAAGAAGAGGUGUCUACCAUUCAAAAUGCACAACUCUGA